AUGGGAACUAAUAUUUCAACUCAAGUUUUACACUGUCGAAGUGCUGCACAAAUUUGGAAAGUAGUCACCGAUCUAGCAUUUUCUAACACUAGAGCUCGUAUUACUCUGAUGAAGUCUAAAUUUCAUAGUACUCGAAAAGGUUCUCUUCAAAUGGAAGAGUAUCUCAGCAAGUUGAAGCUACUGGCAGACCAUAUGGCAUUAGCUGGGCAUCCCUUACUAAUACCUGAUGUUGUCAUGCAAACAUUGGCUGGACUUGAUGCCAAUUAUACUCCUAUUGUUGUACAUCUUGUCGAUAAACUUGAUUUGUCAUGGGUUGAUUCACAUUCAUCUCUUGUUCUCAUGGAUCUUGGCAUUUCUCUAGUUGAGGUCGAGAUGGUAACGGCUGAGGUGGCAAUCGAUCCAGCUUGGUAUUUAGAUAGUGGAGCUUCAAACCAUGUCACAAAUCUCAAUGGUAAUUCUAUUUCUGGUGCUCAAAUAGUGACAGGUAAAUUAACAGUUGGUGAUAGCGCAAGUCUGCCUAUCUCUGGUCAUACUUCAGGUUAUUUUAAAUGUGGUUCAUCAGAGUUAUUGCUAAAGGAUAUUCUUGUGGUCCCAACAAUAAUGAAAAAUCUGCUUAGUUUCUCUGAAUUAGUCUUGGAUAAUGAUAUACUAAUUCAAUUCCUUGGUGUUUAUUAUGUUGUGAAGCAUCUGAGAAUGGGCAAGGAACUGCUUAAAGGGACACGGUGUGAUGGUUUAUACAAGAUAGAUAGCGAGCUUUAUGUUUAUCAACUUUAUGAUUCAGCUCAUGAUGAUAGACCUGUUGCUUUGUUAGCUACUUUAGAAACAUGGCAUAAGAGAUUAGGUCAUUCUUCUUGUAAAACCGUUAAGGAACUAUUAAAGCAUUGUCCUAGUCCUUCCCAUAAGGGAUACAAGUGUUUGAGUCCAUCUGGCCGCAUAUUUAUCUCACGCCAUGUAGUGUUUAAUGAAGCUGAUUUUCCUUUUGUAGGAAUCUCCUCACAACCUAGAAGAAUAGUUGAUCAUAUUUACUCUCUAUUAGUUCCAUCUCCUAUGCUCUGUUCUAUAAGUGCUAAAACAGAGGAAGUCGCUUCAGAUAAUUCCUAUGCAAAUGUUGAUAAGAAUUCAAAAACUUUAACUUCUACUGCACGUGUCAAUACAUCCUUGCUAUCACCUGGACUAGCUUUAAUUCCUGAUAGGCUUUAUUUAUCUGAACCAGCCCAUAUAAUUCCUUCCUACACUAUGGCCAACACAUUAUCACUUUCUUCACGUUCCAGUCCACAUGAUAACACUUCCUCAACUGCCCAACGUAGUCCAAGUUUGAUUAGUAAUGAUUCUCGAGCACUGCAUAUGAUGCCCACUCAUCCUAUGGUGACACGUGGUAAAAGGGGAAUUUUCAAACCCAAGCAACCUUACGUGGAGUCAGUCAGAUACUUACAACAACCUGGCAUAGAUUAUAGUGAAACAUAUAAUCCAGUGAUUAAGCCAUCCACUGUUCGCGUCGUUCUUGCUUUAACAGCUUCCCAUAACUGGAGUGUCUAG